AUCAUUAGCCUUCCUCAUUCUCGUUCAACAUGUCUAUCAGUAAUGUUAUGUUUCUUACGAUUUACUCGAUUUUUUUGGUGCAAUCAGAAUGUCACAAUAUACUGGCGGUCUUCAACAUACCUUCAAAAAGUUUGCAUCUAGCUGCGGUUAGCAUGGUUGAAAUUUUAGCAGAAAAAGGGCACAAUGUGACCCUUGUGACUGCCUAUGAAUGUAAUGAGAAACAAAAAAAUUUUACUCAUGUUUUUCUGAAAGAUACUGCAGAAGUCAACGAAAAGACAUUCUCGAAUUAUUUCCAUUUCGACAUGAACCCUUACCAUAUCCUCUACACAUUCGAGCAACUAGGUAUCGACAACUGCAGAGCCACAUUCAACGAUAGUUACUUCAAGAAAUUGAUAAGUUCAGAGCAGAAGUUCGAUUUACUCAUCGUAGAUAUCUACCUGUCACCUUCUCUCCUCUACCUAUCAGAAUAUUACGAUAUACCUGUCAUAUUGUAUACUUCCAUGGAUUCCGGAUAUAGUACCAAUCCCUUUCUUGGCAAUUCUGCACCUCCUUCAUACGUUCCUCAUGUCAUGAAUCAUUACUCUAGUGACAUGUCCUUUUUCCAACGUUUAGACAACUUCUUAAUCACCAUGGUGGGAGAGUUACUAUUAUAUUUGUACUCUCUAUCUAGGCAUGAUGAAAUUGUUAAGAGCGUUUUUCCUGAAGCUCCUGACAUCAAUGAAUAUUCCCACAAGGCUUCUGUGUUACUCAUGAAUAGCGAUGUGGCCAUAGCAGAGGCUACUCCUAAAACUCCUGGUAUGGUCUACAUCGGCGGUUUCCAUAUCAACGAGAAUAAACCUCUACCUGAAGAUAUAAAAAAUAUUAUGGAUAACGCUGAAGAUGGUGUCAUUCUCUUCAGCUUGGGCUCGAAUAUAAAAAGUUCGCAUAUGCCAAGGUCAAGAGUUCAAGAAAUACUUCAAGUAUUUUCUAAGUUGAAGCAAGUUGUUAUUUGGAAAUGGGAAGACGAAGAUCUGCCUGGUAAACCACCAAAUGUGAUUGUGAAGAAAUGGCUACCGCAAAACGAAAUACUGGCUCAUAAAAACAUAAAACUCUUCAUAACUCAUGGUGGCCAACACAGUAUUUUGGAAACAGUAUUCUACGGUGUACCUUGUGUUUCGCUCUCAGUAUUCAUGGACCAGGCAUCAAAUUCCUUCAGGGCGACCCAUCUAGGUUUUGCAGAGUGGAUCCCAUAUAAAGAAUUCACACCAGAGAGAUUUGAGAACGCUAUCCUUAAAACUUUGAUCGAUCCAAGGUACACCGAAAUGGCGAAGAAAAGGUCGAAAAUAAUGCGAGAUAAGCCUAUAUCACCUCGUGAAACUAUAGCAUUUUGGGUAGAUUACGUUGUUAAUCACAAAGGAGCAAACCAUCUGAAAGUGGCAGCCCUGAAACUCAGUUGGUAUCAAUAUCUUCUCCUUGAUGUUGUUGCUUUCGUUAUAAUAUGUUCUUUUGUGUUAGUUUAUCUGAUCAGAUCUAUAACCAAAUAUAUGUUUAGCAGUUUUAGCAAGAAAAAGCCAAAAGAGAAAAAUCACUAAAUAAAUACAAUAAAAAUUGUAAAAAGUAUUUCAUU